GCAUAACCCCUAUUCUCCUUUUCUUUUAUGGGGGUAUAAUUUCUUGAUUGAAGAUCCAUAAUGGAGGUUCAAUUUGGUUCCACUUGAGAAUAUAAUGCCACAAAGGAAGGAGAAUAGUAGUUGUGCUCAGAAACGGGGUUUGAGAAUUGAUUGUCAGGUGGUUGGGACCUCCUCCGGAGUAGAUUGCACGGCAGAUAAACGGCACCUCAAAUUAUUUCUUUUGGUUUUAAUUUUGAUACAAGGAACAGAAGGGAGAUGUGGAUUGCCAGUAACCUGUGGUGCUGGUUUUCAUUAUCAGUCCAACGUGGAUGAGAGGGAUGGAAUGGACAUGUAUGGCCGUAUUUUUAUCUUGUAAUGUCUCCUGGGUGGUGGUACCAAAUUCCUUAUUCUGUGCUUCAUCUUGAUAAGGCCACAUCAACUAUUUUCUCAUCAAAAUUAUUCAUUGCUUUGCUUGAUCAUUUGUAGCAUCUCUCACCACCAACCAUUGCGAGUAGAAAUCCAUCCCAGCCUGCAGACUGGUAGCCACAUGGAACAAGGAAAAGUUUGAUCGAGUGUUUGGUAUAACGUGCCGUUUGGCAGUUUCAUCUAAUUUAAAACGUAUUUUAACAUUAGGUAAUAAAAAAUACAUACCAUAUGUUAGUUUUGUGUAUGAUGGUUUCCAAUCCAGGUUGUUGGUUAAUGUGUUGGUUAAUGUGUAAUUAAUAAAAUAAUCUCGUAAUG